AUGAUAAAGAGACCUUUUGUUCAUUUCGUUUUGUUAAAAUGCAUUACCGUGACACUUUUUUUAUUUAUUAUUUUCGUUGACACGUUUAAAGGAAAGAAGAGAAAUAAACCAAAACGUUUUCCCUUUUUUAUUCCGUUGGAGAUUAUAAAAUGUAGAAAAGAAAUGCAUCUAAUAAGGAGCAAAAUAGGGAAUAGAAAAAUGUUCGAGAAGAAGGAAAACAUUUUAAGUUUAAAUAUGGAGGAAGAAUCAUUUAUUUAUAAGAAUGAGCAAAAUAAAGAAUGCAAGAAAAAAAAUAUGGAUAUCAAUAGAAUUCAUAAUUUUCUUGUAAACAAUAAUAUUGCAUCCAAUGAAGAUGAAAAAAAAAAAAAUAUAUGUGAUAACAUAUCAACAUAUUACAGUGAACCGAACAACAAUAUAAUUAAUUAUGUUACAAAUUAUGAUGAUCUAAGAAGAGAAUAUCUUUUAAAAAUUAUGAGUGAUAAAGAAACGAUAUAUGCCCUUAGUUCGGGUAAUGUGCGAAGUGCUAUAAGUGUGAUAAGAAUAUCUGGUCCUUUGAGCAAAAUGAUAUUGGAAAUAUUGUUACACAAGGGAAAAGAUAAAAAAAAAAAAAUAAAAAAUAAUAAUAAUAAUAAUAUUAAUAAUAAUAAUAAUAAUAAUAAUAAUAAUAAUUAUAAUAAUAAUAAUAAUAAUAAUAAUAAUAAUUAUAAUUAUAAUAAUAGUAAUAAUAAUAAUUAUAAUAAUAGUAAUAAUAAUAAUAUUAGUUAUAAUAAUUAUGGGAAAAGACAACAUGUUAAGAAAGAUAAUAUUAAUAGAAUAUGUAACGAAAAAGGAACCACAAAUGAUGUAUAUAAUUUAUCAUAUGAAGCAAGUGGAAAUGAAGAACUAGGCGAUUAUAAUUUACAUGAUAUAAUACAUAUGAGAAAAAAUAUGGAAGCAAGAAAAUUAUAUAUGGGAAAAUUAUAUGAUAAAAAUAAUGAUAUUAUUGACAUAGUUAUGUAUAGUUAUUUUAAGGAACCUAAAUCAUAUACAGGUGAAGAGUUAGUAGAAAUCUAUUGUCAUGGGAAUAUGUUGAUCGUAAAAGAAAUAAUGAGUGCUAUCAAUAAUAUGAAUGAAUUAUUUUAUAAAAUAUUAAAUGAAGAAAGACAAAAUAAGAUAUAUAAUAAUGAUAUGUGUUCAUUCAUUGAAGAUAAUAAUAAUAAUAAUAAUAAUAAUAAUAAUAAUACGAAAUAUGAUACAAACGAUGGUAUAAUUUAUGAAAAAAUACAUGAGUGUCAUCAUAACUUUAUAAAAAUAAGAGAAAGUUACAAAGGGGAAUUCACUAGAAGAGCUUUUGAAAAUAACAAAAUGAGUUUAUUACAAAUUGAAGGGUUAAAAGAAUUAUUAUUUUGCAAACAAAAAGUACAAAAACAAAUUGCUUUGAAUUAUAUGAAUGGAUAUGCAAAAAAUAUAUAUUUAAAAUUAAAAGAAUUGUUAAAAGAAUUAUUAGUAUAUACUGAACUAAAAAUCGAUUUUGAAGAGGAACAUAUAACAUCACCAAAAGAAAAAGAAGAAAUACAAAAUAUGGUUUUGAGAAAAAUACGAGAAGCUAUUAAUCAUAUCAAUUAUAUUUUAGAAAAAAAUAAUGUAGAAGAUAUAUCUAAUUCUUUUGAUAUUUUAUUAUUUGGAAAUGUGAAUUCAGGGAAAAGUACCUUAAUGAAUAAUAUAUGUAAUAAUGAUAUAUCCAUAGUAACAAAUAUUAAAGGUUCAACUAUAGAUAUAAUACAAAAAAAUAUUCAAAUUUUUAACAACUCUUAUAAUUUAUGUGACUCAGCGGGUGUUAUAGAAAGUGAUAAGAUAAAAUCUUUGAAUGAAAAAAAUUAUAUUCUUUAUGAACAAAACAAAACAAAAAAAAAAAAAAAAAAAAACAUUCAUAAAACACUUGAAUCCAUGGGUAUUAAAAAAACAUUAUCCUUUUUAAAAAAUAAUUGCAUAUCUGCAUUUGUAUUAUUAAAUAUUAAAAACUACAAGAAGGAACUAACAAAUAUAAUAAAAAUUUUAAAUCAUAAUUUUAAGGAAAACAUCAAUCAAGAGAACAACAAAGAGAAAUUGAAUAAAAAUAAAAUGAUACAUAAAAUAAAAAUCCCUUAUUUCAUUUUUUGUCUAAAUAAAUGCGAUCUGAUAAGUACAUGUAAAUUCUCAAAAAUUAAAAGAAAUGUAAAAAAAUGUUUACUAGCAAAUUUAAGUCCACACAUAUUAAAAUGUUGUAGCAAAAAAAUUUUUUUCAUUUCAUCUAAAAAUGGAUAUAACAUUGAUAUAUUACUAAAAUACUUUAAUGAAAAAAUGAUUAAGAAAAGAAAACUAUUAUUUGAUAAAAAAUAUUCACAUGGAAACAAUAUAAUGUUUUUACCAUUUGAAAGACAUAAAUUGUAUUUGAAAAAAGCGAUUAACCAUUUAUUCUUUAUAGAAAAAAAUAUACAUAAUUUGACCUUUGAUAUCAUAUCUGAAGAAAUUAAACUAGCUGUCAAUUCUUUGAAUCGUAUCAUAGGUACAAUUAAAAAUCAGCAAAUAUUAAAUAAAAUUUUGGAUACUUUUUGUAUAGGAAAGUGA